AUGGAGAAAAUGCAAAAAGCGAAUUUGUUCAAAGAUGAAACUGAAAAGGCCAUUGUCCAUUUUGUGGUAUAUCUUAUAGGCAUAUUACUGAUACUAUGUAUUUAUUAUAAUUAUAUAAUUUUAAAAUAUUACUUUUAUUCCUUAUUUUGGGCAUUUAUUGUUUCAAUCCCAUUACACCAUAUUAAAGAGAAGUUAUCAGAAUUUAUUAAAGAACAAAUUAUAAAAAGAAAAAAUAAAGCAAAGACAUUAAGCUCAAGGAAUAAAUAUUAUUGGGAAUCCGCUUUAAAUGAUAGUGAUAAAAAGUUAAAAAAAAUAAAUAUAAACUUAAACAAUGUGAAAAAUAGUACUAAUUGGAGUAACAUAUUCUUUUCAAAGGAUGUAGAUAAACAACAAAUAAGCACAUUAUAUGACAAUGUCAAAUAUGGAAUUACAGAAAUAAAUAAAGAUGACAGUUCAAGUGAUAAAAAUACAUUAAGCACUGACACAAAAAAAGAUAUAAUUUCUCAAUAUGAAGAACAAGGAAAACAAAACACCUUAAUUGGUAGAAUAAAAUUUUUUUUUUACAAUAUUAUAAGUAAUAUAAGAAAAGAAUUAGAUAUAUAUCAUAAUGUAUUUUUUUUAAUUGUUAAGCCUAUAUGGAAAGAAAAAAAAAGUGACAAUAUUAAUAGUAGUUUUGAAAAUUAUGAAAGUAGGAAUGGUAGUGAAAUAUAUUUUUUAAUUUUACACAGGCUAGCAUUUUUUUAUAUUUUAAAAAGAAUAUUUCAGAAAUAUAACGAAUUUUUAUUUUCAAUUGCCUUUUUUAUUAUUUUCUUUUUUUUUAUUUAUAAAAUUAUAAAAAAAAUAUGGCUAAAAUAUUUUUAUAAUAUAUAUAUAAGACAGUAUGAUAAGUUGGUUAGUAAAAUAUCUCUAGAUUACACAUAUAUAUACAAGCACUAUAUGAAUAGUAUAUUAACAAUAUUGAUUAUUAUAUUUUCAAUAUUCAUUUUUUCGUCUAUAUCAUGCUUUUUUAUUUUCAAUUUAUAUCGAGAAUCUGUAUUUAUAAUCAAUUCGAUUAAUAAUUAUAUAUCCUCAAAUUUUAAAAGUGCAUCCAUAAUUCAAACCUUUAGAGAAUAUUAUAAACAGCGUGGAAAAAAUGAUAUUGAAAGUUUGUACGAGCUAGCCAAUAUUACCAAAUUGCCAUUUUUAAAUAAUAGCACAAUAUCCUUUAUAUCUUCCCAUUUAAAAAGAGCUAUAGAAAUAUAUGAAAAUGUUUAUUCUUACAAUUUUAUUAAACGAAAAGGGAUAGCAUUACAAAGUUCUUGCAUGCUGCUUUUUAUCGAAAGGUUUACUAACAUCAGGGAAAACAAUCUUUUAAGUUUUAAGAAAUAUGCAAUUUUUUUAAAUGAAUAUAUUAAAAAAAAAAUAUAUGAACAAGACAGCACAGAUUUUGAUUUAAGCAACUGUUUAAUCAAUGAACAAAAAAAUAGUAAUUUUUUUUAUAAAUUCAAAAAGUUGAUUCAAGGAUUAUCUAAAUUAUUAUUUUUUUCAAAUGAUAAUAAAAUAUCACCUAAUGAAAUAGAAGAUCAAUCAGAAGAUGCCCCAUUAGACGAUGAAAAUUAUAGUGGGCAUAGUAUUUUUAAGACAGUUUUCGAAAGUGUAUUGUUUGAAGAAAAUAUGAACGUUCAGAAAAAAAUCGAAAGGGAAAUAAAUAGUUCAGAAGAUAAAACAUUUUUAGAUCAAUCAAAUGAAUUAAAUGAAGAAAACAAAGUAAAAGAAGAAAAUACAACAAAUGAAUUGAAUGAUGAAACAAAUAAAGAAAAUUCGGAAGAUACUGAAACAACAAAAAGUGAUAUAGAUUUAGAUGAAAAUGGAGAUCAAACUGCAAACACAAAUAAACGUGAUAAAGAUGAAAAUAAUAAAACUAUUCAAAACUCUACAAAAGAUUAUGAUGAUGAAUCAAACAAUAAUAACAAUUUUAAGUUUAAAGAUUUUGCAAGUUAUACAAAUAAUAUAUUUUCUUCAUUAAAAAAAAUAGAAGAUAUUGGAAAAUUAACAAAAUAUAUUAUAUUUAAUAAUAGCUAUGGGUUAUUAAAAAUUAUGAUAUUUUUUGUAUUAAUUUUUUUAAAUUUUUUUAUGUUUACUUUUGACGCAAUUAUUCAAGCAAUGAUAUUUUUUACAGCCUUAUAUUAUUUAAUAUUAUCAAAAAAAUCCUUAUUAAAUUAUUUAAAAGAUUUAUUAUUAGUAGUUGAUCCGUCAAGUAUCUUUUUUUAUAAUAUAACAAAAAGUUUAAAAGCUAUAAUUAUAUGUACAUUAAAAAGAAUAUAUUUUUAUACAAUGUAUAUAUGGUUAAUAUUUUCAUUUUUCCAAUUUCCGAUUAUUUAUGUACCGACAUUAAUGUGUAUGAUCUUAUCCCUUAUACCAGUUAUAUCACCAGAAAUUCUUAUAUUAAUAAUAGUUAUACAUUUAUGGAUUAUACAAAAGCAAAAGAUUAUAUCUAUUAUAUUAUUUAUUGUGAAUUUUUUUAUAUAUUUAUAUUUUACUACUACUAUAUAUACAGAAAUACCCUAUAUACAUGCAUGGCUUGUUUCUUUAUCCCUUUUUCUUUCAAUCACAACCUUUGGAUCAAAGGGAGUUAUAUUGGGCCCAUUUAUUGCGUCUAUUCCUCUUAUUAUACAUCAAAUUGCAAUAACCCAAAACAAUGCAGCAAUUAUUAGAAGUCUUCGAAGCAAAGAAAUGAAAAAACAAAAAUUAAAACAAAAGUUGAAACAAAAACAAAUACGAAAACUCAAAGAAAAACCAAAGAAAAAAUUGAAACAAAAAAAAAAACAGCAAAGUACUGUUAAUAAUAAAAUAGAUAAAAGAGGAAAAUAUAAUGAAACUAAAAAAAGUUAUAAAGUAUCUUCUGAAACAUUUAAAAUUUCAAAAAAUUGUUCUCAAAGUUCUAGACUUCAAUUGAAAAGUAAUACAACUACCAAAUCUCGAAAAGAAAAAACCUUAGAUAAAGGAUUAAGUAUUGAUGAUUCAUUAUUAUUUGGUAAUGGAAAUAAAACAAACCCUCUUAUGAAACUUAAUUAUGGUGAAAAAAUUUCUCAUAGUGGAAUAUUUGGACAUUAUAAAGAAAAUGAUGGUGGUACAUUUAAAAAUGAUGGAAAUAAAAAAAAAAUAGAUAAAAAAAAAGCAUUUUUAUGGAAAGGUAAAUUAAAUAAAUUGUAUAAAAUUAUUGAAAUAAAUGCUGAUACAUAUAGUAAAUUUUUCCAAGAAAAUACAGAACAAAAUUUAUCCAAAAAAAUUAAUUCAAAUUCUGUAAAUAAAAAAAAAAGUGUUAUUCACAAAAGUUAUGAGCAUUGCUCAUAUGAUCAUAUAGUCAAUAAUGAUGAUGAAACUAAUAAGUUAGCUCUUUAUAUUUACAAACGUGAUAAACAAAAAAAAAAAAUAAAACAAAAUAAAAAAGCGACAAAAAAUAAUCUACAUUUAUUAUCAAAAAAAAUUAAUAAACAUAAAAUAAUCUCAAAAAAUUCAUUACAAAAAACAAAAGAUUUAGUAAAUAUUUAUAGUAAGUUUCAAAAUAAUUUACAGCAUUUUUUUUCCUACAUAACUAAUGAUACAUAA